UCGUUAAUUUUGGCCAGAGUAGUUGGUUACAAUCUGGAUAAUUAUAUAUUUUAAAACUUCAAGUACACAAUAAAAACCAGGUUGUUUUGCAUAAAAAGUGUUGCAAAAUGGAUUUAAGAUAGUGGAAAUUGACAUGUAAUUGAAUUUGUGAAGAAGUUUUCAGGUUACUUGCAUCACAGUAAAUUGUAUAUAUUAGCUUGAAAAGCUGAUUUAAAGACGAAAUCUAUAAAUGAGCAGCUUACAUUAAGCGUGUCUUACAAUGAAUCCCUCCGAGUUGCGUAUGAUGUGGAUGAGUCAUUAUAAUCCAGAACGCAUCACAGUGGAGGACGCACCUUCAUUCUUUGGACAUCCAUCAGUGGGACUUUCUGUAAUGGAUGAUUUAGCUUCACAUCAACAAACAAUGGACUUGAAUCCAAUGAUGAGCAUUGUUGGGGGGGAUUUUAGUGGUCAGGCGGCAGCAGCAGCAGCGGCGGCGGCUGCAUUAGGCGUACAACCAACAGCUCUAAUUGCGGCAAACUCGAAUGACAUUUACGGCCUGGCACAAGUUGGCGGAUUGCACCAGCAAUUGCUUCAACAAUCUGCAGCAGCCGUUUUUCAAAAUUAUACAGAGGUCAUUGAUGAUGAUGAUGCUACCGGCGGAGUCGUUAUAAGUGGUGGCAGUGGUGGCAAUGUCAGCAUUAUAGAUAAGUCUUUAGCUACACAAUUUGUGCAUAGCGAUGAGCCACAGCCUAUAUACGAUCAGUUGGAGGAUGGCGGCUACGAUGAUGGCCUGGCACCAAAACAGGAAAUUAUCAAUAUUGAUGAUUUUGUUAUGAUGACUGACUCCAAUUCGUACGAUGGUACAGAAUUCAUGACUGAUGAGAGAGAUAUGGCCGAAGGUAGUAGUGGUGGCGUUGAUAUUGCUCAUGCACAUGGUAUGGAUGAAAAUGGUGUAUUGGUGCCAUUGGACAGUGCGCACAAAUUAAUGGGCGAUAGUGGCGAUGAUUUGUUGGUGCCCGCCUCCACAUCCGCCGCAUUACAGGCAGCAACGUCAACCUCGUCAAGGGGAAUUGGUGGUGGUGUUGGAGGACCAGGGCACCAUCGCUCAUCGCAACGUAAGACCCGCAAAAUUGAGCCGGUCAACAGACCAGGACUGGUGCUGAAGACACCAAUAGCAUAUAAGGGGAACAUAGAUCCAUCGGUUAUACCAAUUCAAAAAGAUGGCAUGGCCGUCUGUGAGCGCUGCGGUGCCAUCGGUGUAAAGCACACAUUCUAUACUAAAUCUCGGCGAUUUUGCAGCAUGUCCUGUGCACGUGGUGAACUUUAUUCUUUGGUAGUCAACAACACAAAAAUGGCUGGUGGUGCGCAGCAACAACAGACAAUUUCUAAUUCACCUGUACAUGACAAUGUUGAUGGCGCUACUUGCAGUAACAAUGGUAAUAGCAACGACACACAACAACAACACGACACUCAACGCCAACAAUCCGAUAUUGAGUUGGCGUUACGUGUUGCUCAUAUUAAGAAUUCGAAUUAUCGUUUUCGCAUCACAGACCAAUCGAAAAUUACCCAAAUCAAUGGUUUUGGCGAGCCAAUCAUGUCCACCGAAUUGACAGGGAUGGAUGACACUGGGGGACUAGCAGCACUAAAUAGUGAGGAUGGAGCUUUGAGUUUAAGUGCGGCCGGUUUGGUUGCCACGCCAAAGGCUCUCCAAAUGUAUCGGGAUGUUUUGCCACAAGAGGACCUGCCACAAAUACCGAAAUUCGAACGUCUGCCCGUUUCGUGCCCGCAAAUGGAAAAGAUUAUUAGUAUACGUCGGCGCAUGUACGAUCCGACGCACUCAUUCGAUUGGACACAGCGUUUGUCACAUGCCAAUUUUUUUGCUGCCCCUGUUACUUGCUUCCCACAUGCACCUGGCUAUGAGGUGUGGGACAGCAUCGGAAUUGACAUGAAGGUGGAAGUGGAGAACACGGAUUGUGAUACCACGGAGGUGAUACAGCCGGGGCAGACGCCACAUUCAUUCUGGGUUGCGACCAUCUUAAAUAUUUGCGGGUACAAAGCAUUAAUGCGAUACGAAGGCUUUGAUGAGCCCACUCAUGAUUUCUGGGUAAAUCUCUGCAAUGCAGAAGUGCAUUCGGUCGGUUGGUGCGCGACGCGCGGCAAACCUCUCAUACCGCCUCGCACUAUAGAGAAUAAAUACAAAGAUUGGAAGGAUUUUCUUGUGGAACGUUUGUCUGGCGCGCGUACACUGCCGUCCAGCUUUUAUAAUAAAAUCAAUGACAGCAUGCAGUCUCGUUUUCGGCUGAGCUUGAAUUUGGAAUGUGUAGACAAAGAUCGAAUCUCACAGGUUCGCCUUGCAACAGUGACGAAAAUUGUAGGUAAACGCCUGUUCUUGCGAUACUUUGAUUCGGAUGACGGAUUUUGGUGUCACGAGGAUUCUCCUAUAAUACAUCCCGUUGGCUGGGCGACCACAGUAGGACAUAAUUUGGCCGCACCGCAGGACUAUUUGGAGCGAAUGCUGGCGGGUCGUGAAGCGAUGAUUGAAGUGCAUGAAGAUGACGCUACAAUUGAGCUUUUCAAAAUGAAUUUCACUUUCGAAGAAUAUUAUAUGGAUGGCAAAGGGAAUGGUUUUGUGGAAGGCAUGAAAUUGGAGGCUGUCGAUCCGCUUAACCUUUCUUCAAUUUGUGCUGCUACUGUAAUGGCCGUCCUAAAGUUUGGUUACAUAAUGAUACGCAUCGAUUCAUAUCAACCAGAUGCAACUGGGUCAGAUUGGUUUUGUUAUCACGAGAAGUCGCCCAGCAUAUUUCCAGUAGGCUUCUGCGCAUCCAACUCCAUCACAUUAACGCCACCCAAUGGGUAUGAUGUGAACACCUUUAGCUGGGAAACGUAUUUGCAGGAAACAGGUAGCAUUGCAGCUGGUCAACAUUUGUUUCACCGCAUUGUGCCCAAUCAUGGUUUUGAGGUCGGUAUGAGUCUUGAGUGUGCUGAUCUCAUGGAUCCGCGCUUGGUAUGUGUGGCGACAGUGGCACGCGUAGUUGGACGUUUGCUCAAAAUACACUUCGAUGGUUGGACCGAUGAGUACGACCAAUGGCUAGAUUGCGAAUCGCCAGAUGUAUAUCCGGUUGGCUGGUGCGUGCUAGUCAAUCACAAGCUUGAGGGUCCACCCGUUACAGUACAAUCAACAGCAAAGACGAACACGAAAGCGAAAAGUCCGAAGAAACGCAAGAAAAAAUCAAAUUUAAAAGGUGAAAAUUCAAAUAUAGCAAAACCGCGUACAAUUGCUUUGAAAACGAAUCCACACCUUCCAAAAUUGAGCAUUAAGCUGGAACUUAAACCGGAACAUCAUAAUGCCGCCUUCUACGAAGAUAACCACGAAGAUGACGACGAUGAUAUUGAAUAUGAGGAAGACAGUACGAGUCAUCGUUCUGGCCAAUCCACUCCAUUAUCACACAAUGAUGGCAGUCAACAGGCGUUAAUCGAGAAGGCAACGGCAGUACAGCAAGUGCUAGCGACUCAACCGCCAGCGCCAACGCGAUGUUCAAAUGCAGUUGUAAAAAAAUCGGUGUCACCAGCACCGCCCGUUGUAGGACGCAAGGCUACCAGUUAUAUUGGGAACUCCUCCGUUUGCAAUAGCAAAUACAUUCCGCGUCUCAUUGAAUCAUCCUCGAAUGACAACAAUAGCAGCAGCAGUAGCACCAACAAUAAUAGUCAAAACGCGGAUCCGCACGCUGACCUCAUACCCGACACAUGGAACGUCUACGAUGUGUCGCAGUUUUUGCGCGUCAAUGAUUGCACGGCGCACUGUGACACAUUUUUACGGAACAAGAUUGAUGGUAAACGUUUGCUCCAACUUUCCAAGGAUGAAAUAAUUACGUUGCUUGGUAUGAAGGUGGGUCCCGCGCUAAAGAUCUCCGAUUUGAUACAGCAGCUGAAGUGCAGAGUUAACCCGGGCAAGUCCAGGUUGCAUAAGGCAAACAAAACGUUUUUAUAGUGCCUUUUGAAGCGACCGCAUCAGUUAUUAUCAUCAAAACCACCCAAGCCAAUAUUUCGGCCUAAGCUCUCUUCACAUAGAAACUCGUCACAAUACUGCAAAGUAUUUAAUAUAAACACAAUAACCAUUAUAUGAUUACCUUAUCAUGUGAGAGUGCCUCCAAUGUAUGCUGAAAUCUAUUUAAAUAUGCUAUCAGUGAGAAAACAAAGAAUUCAUAAUUGAUUAAACGAGACGGGUUAGCUGACACUGACAAUUGAUUUAUAAUAGAACUAUACGUUUUUGAGUUUUAGUUAAGAAGAAAUAAGCUGAAAUAGCCAACUGUACGAAAAAAGCACUAAAAAGAAAAAAACAGAAAAAAGAAGAAAAACGAGGAAAUCCCAACAAGGAAGAAAUGAAAAUACCUAUAUGUAUGUUUAAUUAAAGUUUUCUUUUCUGACGUAGAGUAGAUACUUACUUUAUAAAAUUUUCACUUCAUAUAUAUUUUUAAUACCUAGUACACCGUAGUACAGUAACUCUAUUUUAGCUAAACACAUGAAGAUACAGUUUGUCUUAUAUAUAAUUGUAUGCAAUUUUUUCUGUUCAAGAGAAAACGAAGUAAAUUAUAAAAAUUUAGCACAUCCGUAGACUGAAAAAUAAUGAUGAAAAGAAAAUAGCAAGCACACCUUAUUGCGCUAACAACAAAACCACAAUCAAUGAACUUUACACUACAUAACAUUUUCUAAUGUUAGGCAUAAUAUAGGUCUACUCGUAACACAAAAUAACAACAACCACGCAAUAUAAAUGCCUUUUCUUUAUAAAAUCAACUGGAUAAAUAUUUUACUAAGAAAUUGAUUCUUUAAAACCUCAAAUACAAAAUUUGUUGGACCGAAACCAACGCCCAACAACAUAAUAUAUUGAAGAUGCACCUUUGCACAUGGAAUAAGUAUUUUUUAAAAUUUCUGCUAAAAUAAAAACUUGACUAUUUAAAAAUGCAACUGUUUGCCAAAAAAAAAAAAUUUGAAUACUGGUAAAAUUCGUAGCUAAAUUUAUCACUUUUGAAUGCUUAAUUUGAAAUGGUGUAGGGCUUCAUCUACUAAAAUUUUCUAAUGCCACCGCGUAAAGGCGCUACUUUUCAGGUAUGUACGUCAACGACACACAUAAUUUGCGGGAAAGAUUCUGUUGCAUGCGGGGUAAUUUGGGGUAGUGACCUUACAUACAUUUUUGUUUUUUAGGAAAAAAUUAAAGAACUAGGAUUGUUGAUAUAUCGCUUCUGACAGUCCUCUUUAAUUCUUAUCGAUACUUUUAGUUAUCAGUUACGUGGAGAGAUUAAUUGAAAGGCAAACUGAAUUAAAAUUGAUUAAAAAACUACAUACUUGUUUGUAAGUUAAUAUUUUUUUAUUUUAUUGUAAACAAUCAAGUGCUGGCUGGUGCUUUCCAUUAAAAUUGUGAAAAGCAACAAAUAUAUGUACUAAUAAAGUAUGACAUAAUUUGAAAGAAAUUGAAAAAAACUGUGUUGGCCGAUUUAUCGAUAUUUUGAAAACGCAACAACAUUUCCAUCACUCAAUAUGUGAUAAAUAUUUUGAAAAAUAUCAACAAUCCUAAAUAAAACACCGUUAACAGCAUGCGCGAACCCAUAAAACUAUCACUUUUAAUGGGGUUUACAUAUCGCACCCUAAAUACAAAAGGGUCAAAACUCAAAAUGUACUUCUGCUCAAAUAUGAACGAGACGUUAUCAAUAAAACGGUCCGCGGAUGACAUAUGGCAAAAAUAAAUUUUUUGUUUUUUUGGUAGGACUGUUAUAAGCUUACAUGGCAAAUUUCAGCGUGAUAUGUCACAUAGUUUGUUUUCUGUGCUACUGUAAACAAAUCAAGCUCGAGUGUGGAAAAUUUUGAGUUGUGACCCUUUUGUAUUUAGGGUGCGAUAUAUUUUUGCGAUCUCACAGUAGCGAGUAAAAUUUGUAUACUAUAAAAUAGUUUCUCUAAAAAUAUAAUAAAAUUACAUAUAAAGCAAUUUAAUAGAAAGUUGAAUGUAAAGUUAAAAUUUUGUAUAAAACACCCCUUUCAUUAUCUCAAUUAGUACUUUGCGACCAUGUGACGCCUGUUAAUUGAUGUGCGAUGUGAUGAAAUACUGCAUGGGAAAAACAUUAACCGAUAAAAGUCGCCAAUAGUUCUGAAAAUAGCAUCCGAUCAAGGGCUGUCAGCCAGCAUCAUUCUAUAAAUGUUUACAAUAAUGUUUUAAGCUGUUACAACAAUAGCGACAACAUAAGUUCUGAAUCUAAAAACUUAAUUUACUCGCUUUUAAAUCACUCACUUUGGUAAUACGUAAAUUUAGUUCUGUAAUAAUGGUAAAUCUAGUUGUAGAAGUAAAAUUUAAUUCGCGUCCCACUAAAUUUUAGAUACAUACCUAUUAUGUGCAAAUAGGUCUUAACAGCUUAGGAAUACAUACACAUGUAUGGUACAUAUGUACAUAUGAAUGUAUGUACACGUAUGCGACGAAUUGAUUAGAUAUAAUACGAUCAGGGAAUAAUUUCAGUUUUUUUGUAACUCAAGUGCUGUUGUAAACAAAAUACUACCAAUCAGUGAACAUAGAAGAUGAUAAUAUGACAAACCUGCUGCAGCUACAUAGAUGGUUAACAUAUGCGUGUUUAUCUUGUUUUUGACAACUCACUCCCCUUAGAAUAGUCAAAUAAAUAAACUAAAUGAAGAGUAAAAUAAAAAAA